AUGACAAUAACACCUCAUUAUAAUAUUUUUAGAGUUAGAGAAGUUUUGAAUGGGCAACGUGUGGUUGUCAUGCUUGAUAGUGGUUCUACUCAUAAUUUUAUAGAUGCAGCUCUUGUGGAAAAAUGUGGAUUGCAAAUUGAAAAACAUGAAGGUUUUGAUGUUAGAGUAGCAGGUGGAACUAAUUUGUCCAGUACUCAUAAAGUCCCUAAAUUGAGUAUUACUCUUGGCAAUUAUACUGUUAUUGAUGAUUUUUAUAUUGAUGAUAAGAAAGUAGUGCUUUGGGGUAUGUCUAACAGUGGUCCUAGGAUCGUUAGUGUUAAAAGAAUGGAGGCUAUUUUCAGACAUGGAGAUGUGAGUAAUGUUCCCAAAUCUCGUGACAUGCUUCAGGAAUACCAAGAUAUCUUGAAAUCACUUAAGGAAAAUUUGCAAUGUGCUCAAAAUCAACAUAAAAUUUAUGCAGAUAAGAAGCGUGUUGAGCGACAUUUUGAAAUUGGGAAAUUGGUGUAUCUCAGACUACAACCCUAUAGGCGGCCAUCUCUCAAGCUUAGUGGGGCUGAGAAAUUGAAGCCUUGGUUUUAUGGGUCAUACCAGGUGGUUAGAAAAGUUGGUGCAGUUGCGUAUGAAUUGGAUUUACCCGUAGGAAGCAAAAUACAUAAUGUAUUCCAUGUAUCUUGUUUCAAAAAAGCUUUGGGUUAG